UCAGAAGAAGACCAGCAAACAAAGUUUAGAAAAGCCACUGAGGAAUUCGAAAACAGAAAAUGUUGUGAAAACGAAACUUGUACCCAAUAUAAAAAAACCCCCCCACGACAAGACUUACUGCAAAAGAAAAUGAAUGAUAUAAGAAAAAUUGAAAUACCACAAAUCGUUUACUUACCGAAAAUAGACGUGAAAUCUUAG